CAUUUUUUCUUCUUGUUCUAGGUGUUUUUCCGGUUUUUACCUAUCAUCAGGGCAACUAAGGCUGCUUUACACCAUCAGACUGCGUGGAGCUCUUGCUAAAAUGGCAAAGAAGUGGUUUGUAAGCUUGUUCUUCUUAUCAUUGACAUCCUUUGUGUUAUCUCAUCCUAUUUCAUGUGACUUUGAUCGUGUCUUUGGAGUUGAUGCUCACUUUUGUUCUGGUAAUCUCCAUGUUAUCUACCCAAAUAUGAGAGAUGUAUCCUGCAUGUACAUACCCAACUGCUACGAGUAUUCCCGAAGCUUGAUUAACGUCUGGGGAGCACCGCAAAUUAAAUUUCAUGAUGCCAGGCCAGAAUACCUGUACACCUUAAUUAUGGUGGAUCCUGAUGCACCCAACAGAGCCAAGCCAAUACACAGAUUUUGGAGACACUGGUUGGUCACAGAUAUCCUAGGUAAAGAUCUUCAAAAUGGAGUUGUUACUGGAAUUAUUCAAUCUAAGUAUUAUCGUCCAAAACCACUGCAUCUUACCGGAUUCCAUAGAUACCAGUUCCUAAUCUACAAGCAACAUCCUAAGGUGUCUCCAUCUCUCCUACCCAGUGAAAGAACUCUGGCCUCCUGGGAUGUAGCUGCUUUUGUCAAUCGAUCCAGGCUGGGUGAUCCUGUGGCUACGACACAGUUCUUGGCCAUGAAUCCCAAUUCAUAGAAUCCCAUAAAUGUUUCUGACCAUUA